AACUCGUCUUGGUAUUCUAAAUAAAGAAAUCUGUGCGUCUUGAAAAUAAAUUAGGAACACACAUAUUUUAGAUUUCUUUUUCUUUCUCUUCAGCAUAUGAAAGAGAAGAGAAUCUCUUUUUCUUCUUUUACACGAUUGAGAUGGAUCCUCAGAAGUUGUCACCCUCGCUUCAACAAGAUAAUACCAGAUCCAUUUCGCACAAGCGUACAGCCUCUUCCUCGUCUCAUCUUAUACCACCUGUAACAACACACAGAAAACAAUCCAUAGACGAUGAUGAGCUCAAUAAAAAUAUCAGCUUAGAGUAUCAAGACAUUCAAAUCCGCACUUUAACAAAAUGGAUUAAUGUCCAAUUAAACCAAGUAGGAGACCAAAUCAUUAGCAUCGAUAAAGACCUCAGAGAUGGUAAAAAACUGCUUAAAUUAUUAUCUGUGGUAGCCAAUCGUCCACAGUUGAAACCAGAGAGGGGAAAUAUGCGAAUUCACGCACUCUCAAAUGUAUCGCAAGCAUUGAAGUUUUUGCAAGAACAAUGGGGUGCCGAUAGUUUACCUGCAAUUGGUAGUGAAGCUAUUGUGAAUGGUGAUGUCAAGAGCACACUGGCUCUUGCUUUUUUUAUCAUGUUAAAGUAUCAGAUCCAUCCUAUUCUAUUGAACGAUCAUACUCUUUUAUCUGAUCAACAAAUGCCUCCUCCAUCUCCUUUACCUACUCUAAGCGCGUCUAGAUUAAGUGGUGCAAAACCAUUAGCAGAAGCAAAAUCAGCUCUCCUUUAUUGGGUUCGCUCUCAAUUAGAAGACUAUGUAGCAAACCAUGUUAUCUCUACUGUACAGGAUUUUUCAAGAUCAUGGCGUUCUGGUCUAGCCUUUUGUUUACUUAUCCAUCGACAUGAUCCAGAUUUACUACCUACACUAUUUACAGAACACAUACAGCAUGUAGCCAACAAAGAUACUUGGCACACACUUUUAAACUUAGCCUUUGAUGUUGCUGAACAGCGUUUGAAUGUACCAAAAUAUUUAGAAUCUGCUGACCUCUUGAUUGAAUUCCCUCACGAACCUUCAGUCAUGAUGUACGUUAGCGAAAUGUAUAAAGUCAUGUCCAGAAUACAAGAGACAUUUGAAAAUAGACAAAAAAGGCUGCAUGAUAUAUCCCUUGUCAUCGCCACUAUUGAGGAUGAACAAGACACAAAAUCGCCUGCCACACCUCAGCCAGAACCAUUCUUGGAUGAGCAGGAAAUAAACCAGCAACUAGACGGACUGGCUUCUUUUAUCAACAGCGAUCCUGUUAUUAAACAAGUAGAAGAUAUGAAGCCAUUCAUGAACCAACUUGAUAAUAUGAUGCAUCACUGUGAUCCAGAACAACAAAAACAGCUCAUUUCUCGGUACAAUCAACUAAGAGCAGACUGGGAGCGAUUAUCUCAACAGAUAGAAACACCAGAGCAUGUAUCUACUUAUAUCAACGAGUCAAAUCCUUCUCUGUUACAUUUAAGAGAGAUGAUACCUAAAAAUGAACAGCAAGAACCGUUGCAUCCGCUGGACGGAACGAUCGCUAUGGCUGAUGAAUUUGAGCGGUCUCUAUCUCAUAUUACCACACUGAUCAACUUAGAGAAAGAACAGGAUCCUUAUGUAUUGACUAUCUUUCAAGCAACGACACAAGCUUGUCAAUUGUUCCGUCGUGGUGUUACUUUUGCCCAAAUCACUCUAGCUAUCGAUGAUGAAUUGGACGUGAUCCAGAAGCUAAUGGCUGAUAGAGAAUCAAGCACUGUCACAGAUGAACUGAUCCAAAGCCUUGAACAACGUAUCCAUCUCGUGAGUGCUACCAUUCAAGGCGUACGUGAUGAGUAUGGACAUGAUCUUUUGGUAGAGUCUACUCAAGAGUUUUAUACACGCUUCACCGAUUGCAUUGACCAUUUGGAAGAUCGUUAUGAAACUGUACGUGACUGGGUAGACCAAGUGCGUGUGUGGUUUGUGGAAGCUGAACGUAUCCGAGCCUGGAUUGAUCGCCACAUCCAAAACAUUGAAGAGAGAAAUGCUGCUUCUGAAGAGAUCAAUCCUGUGUCUCCCGAGGUUUCUGUACUCGAUAAGACAGUAUUUCAGUUACACGAUGAGCAUGAGCGACUCAAGCAAGAAAUCGAACAUUUUGAUUCGGAUGAUAUGGAUCGAUUAAGAGCACACGUCAAAAUGUUGACUCAUUCUUCAGAGUUGGAAAAAGAACUUACACCCGCCGAUACGUCUACUAUCGAGAUUACGCUGACAACACUGAACCGACUCAGCCAUUUGACAAAGCUAUUGGAUAAUCGAUCCCAUUGGAUUCAAAUGUUACUGCUACGUGUCAAAUGGGAGAAUGCAUUCAGUAAUGCUGUUCAAUGGAUUGCACAGACAGAUAGCGAAUUGGACGUAUUUAUACAAACUAAAGCAAGAUGGUCUGAAAAAGAAGAAGCCAACUAUGUUCAACAUUCAAAUGAUGAAGAGGAUCAUGUUAAUAACCAUGGUAUUGAAGACAUCAUCAAGGCACUUGUUGGUCUUGAGCGCAAAAUUGCUGAUUUUGAUCAUGGUCUUUAUGCUCAGGUCUUGGAUGCUUAUCAAGAAAUUGAAGCCUUAAAAAACGAGCCUUUGCCUGAUUAUUUGGAAGCACGUCAGCUAGGUUUUGAAAGAGCCUUUGAAGACUUGAUGAAGCGGUCUGGUUUUGGUCGUAAACUGGUGGAGCAGCUUUUGUCCAUGGUCAGCACAGUCGACAGGUUCAAGGUGUUACGCGAUAUUGGUGAACAGCUUCGACAGCAAUUAUUACAGGAAGCCUCAUCAUCACAUCAAGCAUUAGAAGAGGAAGACAUGUAUGCUGAGAAAGUACAAGAAUUCAAGGAAGACUCUGCUCGACUGAUAACCAAUGCCAGUACAUGUAUUCCUUAUCCUGUUGCGCCUGAGAUGUCCACUGCCAUUGGUGCUCAUGAUGCUCAUGAUAGCGAUGUGACAAAUGAAAGUAUCCGUAGUACAAUCAGUGGUUACAGUAUGUCUCUUGCUUUGAUUGCAGAUGGCUUAGAUCAAUUACUCAUGUCUCGGUAUCAAGUCAUGUCUCUUCAACAAAGAGCAAGUGAAGCAUUCGAAUCUAUGGCUCGCUUCAAACUAUGGAUGGACGAGCGUAUAAAGCUACUGAAGAAGUCUCGUUUUGAUAUGUUGCUUUAUAACGCUUCCAUGUCCUCUUCUUCGUCUCAAACAUCAACCUCUUCUUUCUCUGAUAAUUCGGAAUCUCACCUAAACCAAAGACAAGGUGCUGCCUCUCCUCAUACUUCUUCUAGUGGAAAUACAUCAGUACCUGUGGAUGAUGAAGAUUUUCUGCGCUUUGAAAAAGAAAGAGAUAGUAUUGCUUCUCGUCUGCAUCAAUUAGAACAUGAUGAUUUGACCCGAUUAUUUGACUCUGUGCGUGCUCUUGAAUAUGAUAUCGAUGCGUCUAAUGCUGUAUCUAUUGAUCGAAGUGCUUUGAUCAAUGGCGUGGAAAGUUUACAAGAAAGUUAUCAACGGUUGUCUGAUUUGGUCAAUUUGCGAGGUGUACAACUAGACGCUCUUAAACGACGCAUGGACUGGGAAAACCAAUGGUCUAAAUCAAACAGUCAUUUACAAACCAUUGCUCGUAAGCUGUGCGACUUCAAUGUCAAAAAGGCUAGAUACGACCCAUCUAAAGAAAACGUAGACAAGCCUUCUUAUAGUGGUGACCAUGAAACCAUGCAGUCUCUCCAGUUUCUUCAAGAACGAGUGGCAGAAUUAGGCGAACGUCAUUUGAGUUCCUUGGACGAGUGUUUCCAAGAAUUAGUGACAAGCUAUGGCAAGCUUCCUACCGAUUCUAUGAAUGGUAAUCUGACAGUGAUUGUGGGUGUACCUGAUUUUAUCUCAAGUAAACAAUCAGAUCUCAAGAUAAAAUAUGAUGAUUUAAGACUGUUGGCUUCUUAUACUUCUGACCUUGUUGCCCAGAGAUCAACCAUUACUGAAUUCUUGAUGCGUGCUCAAGAUGCUCAUCAUGAAGGCGAAAAAAUCAAAGAUGCGGUCUCCAAAAAGACACGCCGUAUCAUGGUCAAGGAAGAAGAAGACACGAGCCUCGAUAAUCGCUUUAUUCAAUUCAAAGAAGAUAUUCGACGUAUUUGGGAAGAAUGUGGUAAAGAUAUGCCAUAUCCUGUUUACAAUGGUAACUGGCUAAAGUCUUCCCCUACACAACACCACAGCCACCAUGCCCAACUCAAUACAGACCUUGGCAAUAACUCUGCUUAUCGAUCUCAAGUAAGAGCUCAAGUGAAAGAAUUGCUGGAUAAAAAAAUGGACGAUUUAUAUGCACUUGAAAAAACCAUUGACCAAUCCUUGACAUCUUACCAUGAUGCUGAUCGCAUGAAAGCACUCGUCAAUCAAUAUGAACAAGAGGCUUGUGAAUUGGGACAAUGGAUCCAUCAGCAAAUUGAGCUUUUGAAGCGCCAACAUAUUGAUGUGUCCGCUGAAAGCUUUUUGGCUCGUGGUAUGAAUAUCUCUGAUCUGAAGAAAUCUCGCCUUGAUAUGAUAAUGCAGGCUGAUACAUUUGAAAACGAUAAGGUCAAGUCACUUCAUGAUCGUAUUGCUCAGUUAGUCCAAGACUCUAUGGAAAAGAAGAAGCAUCAAUCUGUUGAUGUGUCUGCUGCUGCUAGACAAUUGGGUGAAGUGAUGGACCACUUGUCGCAAUUAAAGCGUGGACUUUCUGACCAGGCAGUUACAUUAGAAGCAGCCAGUAUGCGUGCUGAAUGGGAAAAAAACCUGCAAAUGGGAAUUGCUAAAUUGGAGAAAAUGAAUGAACAGCUUCGUAAAUUCAAUGCAAAAAAGAAUGAAUGGGUUUUAGAAGAUGAACUCUAUGAAGAACGCGUCAUGAUACUUCAACAAGAUUUAGCUAAGCUUGUUGCUCAAAAAAACAAAUUUCAAAAGACAAUCAUGCCUAGUAUUCAGUUAAGUUAUGAUACCUUUGUGGAAUACUUUCCUCAACUAUCAAGACCAAUGGCCACUCCUGAUCAUUUGGAGGCUCGUAUGGAAUCUCUUGGUAGAACAGCAGCUAGAUUUCAAGAGAGUGUAGAGGCUCGGUCAAAAGAACUCGAUUUGAUCAAGCAACGUAUGCGUUGGGAAGAUAUUGUGAGACAAGCAUUGAAUUUCCUUGCCAAUAAGGAAUCGGCAAUUGAAGCCUUUGUAGACGAAAGAGCCAGGUGGCAGAACGAUGCUGAUGGUCAUGAUGAUGAUCAAGAAGUAGUGCUUCGUACUGAAUGGUCAAACAUUUACAAUGCUAUCAAGGAGCAUGAAAAAGAUGUAAUCGUUUCUGUUGAAAAGCGCUUCGAGAACUUGGUUGCUGAUACUACAGACUACUAUAAUGAUACUAGUGUUACUCUACUUCCCAAUGCUGCAAUGAAAAAGAUGCAAGACUUGAAGUUGGCGCAAGAACGAGCAGAUUACUUCUUGACUUUCUCUAAUGAAGUUGUUGCUCAGCGCUGUUUGGUCUCUGCUUUCAUCUUGAGAACGGCUCAAUUAGAGCAGUCUGCAGAACUCAUUCGUGAAGAAUUUAUUGCUACUAAGGUGGGAGGUGCCAAUGCUCAGAUUGUAAAUUUGUUUGAAAGCCAUGCAGAACGUUUAGAGAAAUUCAAGGCUGGUAUUGAUGAUGUUCGUCUUCAUUUAGCUACCUCUAUUCCUUUCCCUGUACGCUCUUUAGACAAUAUUUCCACCCAGGCAAAGAUCAAGGACGAAACAACCAAUACUGUGAUUCAUGAAGCAAUUGAUAUCCGUAAUGCUCGUUUGGAUGAAUUGUGGUCUAGUCUACAACAAAUCCUGGAAUCUAAAGAACGUGUCUCUCGUCGCCGUUUGUCUUUGCAUGCUUAUAAAAAACAAGUGAUUGUUGUUGAAGAAUGGAUUCGUUCUCAUUUAGAGGUACUUCAGUCAAGCCAUGUCUCUCAAGAUAGUGUUGAUAUGGAAAAACUCAAGGAAGCUGUUAGUCAAGCAGAUAGUGUUGAAAAAGCCAUGAAAUCAAACGAAACUGUUAUGUCAUCUCUGAUUUCUGCUUUUGAAAAAUGUAUUUCUGCCUUCGAAGACAAGUCCUUGGAUGCUGAAGAGUUGCAAGAAGGUGAAGAUUAUUCUGAUUUGUCUGAAGAAAUCACCGCUUUUGUAAAGCCUAAUCAAGACCGCCUUGUUCAAGAUUGGGCCAGUUUACUGACACAUGCUACAGAUGCCAACAGGAACAGAGCUACUCUCUUGAUGAAACUAAAGAUUGAAGCCUGGCUCAAUGCUUUAGAUGACUUGACAACUCGUAUCCAUGCAGAAACCAUUGCCAAUGACGAUCAAUUAACGUUAUGGUCUGAUGAAAUCAAUCAGCUCGAAAAUAAGGAAUAUCAAAACUUGACACUAGACAUGGCCAACAAUACAUUUGAAGAGCAAGACGAGCUUUUGAAUACUGGAAAAGCCAAGAUUGAAUUGAUUCGCACAAAGCUUUAUGAACUUCAAAAUGAAUUGCACUUAUCUCAAUUGAUCCACAAAUACAUGACUGAUAUUUCUCGUUUGCAAGAUAUGAUUCAGGCACAAAUUGAAAGUUUGGAGCGUGUGCAUGAAGAGCAUCUAAUUGUUGCAGAUGAAGCUACGCCUGAGCACCGAGAAACUCAACAUCAAACUCUUGUUUCAAAAUACAAGCAUGCAGCAGAUGCCAUCACCGAUUUGAAGGAUACUUUGAACGAGGUUUCUGGUCAGCAUGAAGCCAUUAUCAGUAAAAGUGAGAAUUACCAAGACGAGAAGCAUAUGCAAAUCACUGAUGCUUGGAACCAACUUGUUAGCAAAGAAUCCGCUAUCUCUGCUUUAAUUGCUCGCUCUUCAAAAUGGGCUGAAAAUUAUAACACACUUGCUUUUGUACAAAAAAGGCUUGAAUCUGUGCAAUCUGAACUCGCUCACAACUCUCCUCAAGUACAUGAUAAAAUCAGUCAAGAACUUGCCAGUAUUGAGUCAUUGUUUAGUGCUGAAUUAGACACUUUGUCUGACGAUUUGCUUGAUGAUUUUAUUAACUUGGGUCGUUUCAAUGCAAGGAAGUCUAUCUGUAUCAAUUUUCUAAAGCAACUCGGUGAUUUACUGAAGCAUCAAAUGACAGAAGAAGAAAAGACUCAAUUGAUAACAGCCAUCAAACAUGUUGUAGAUCGCUUGCUUGAAGAAUGUCAACGUCAAUUAGACAUUGCGAAUAAGCACAUUGAAGGCUGUAACUUGGUUGAUGAAAACGAAGCUCAUCUUCAAACUAUUGUGAAUGCCUGUUCUCAACUUGUUGAUACGAAUGAAUCAGUUUACAGCGCCAGUCAAAACAAACUAGAUUCUGUUCGUGCUGAAAAGGGAGAGAAACUCAAGGCUGAACUUGGUUGUGCAAAAGAUAAAGUAAACCAAUUGUUUGUUCCCAUCAUAUCUGUUUUGGAUAAGCUACAUUAUACUACUCAAUCCGAGAAAGAAUAUUUGUCUAUUAUCAGACUGGUGUCUCAAUACGUUCACAACAAAAACUCUCUAUUGAACUCAAUUGAUUCAAAUAUAGACAAGCUUAAUGCUGCUAGAGAUACUGAAGAAGUUGUGUUGGAACUUGAACAUCAAUCGACUUUGCUAGAUGAAAAUGCUCAAGAUAUUUAUAAGCUGAGUGAUUUAACUAGACAUCACAAAUUGGAUCAUUUAAUUCAGUCUGAAGUUCGAAUGAAGCAUGUACCUAUUGUAAUUGAUCAAGGCGACAAAAUGAUCGAGGAACGAUUAUGCAACUUGAAACAGUUAUUGCAAGCAGCUAGAGAAAAUAUCGACAAUACCAACAAGCGUCAACAAGUGAUUACUAAAUUGCACGAUGCUAUUCAAUUUGUUGCUGAUAUGACGGAUAGAAUUCAAUCUUUCCAAUUGACAGGUAAAGGCGUUAUUUCUGAGGAACGUGAAUUGGAGGAACUUUGUAAAGACUAUCAUGAAAUCAUUGAAAAGAAAAAGAAACCCAUUGAUUCUUUGGCUGGUACUUAUGUUGAAGAUAAAGAGAUCGAGCAGCUUCGUAACAGUUUGUCAACUGUUAUGCAUGAACUGGAUAAUUUGAUCGAUGCCAAGCAGAAAGAGGCUUCUGAUGAAGGUGAUCUGUCUGAUUUCUUGGAAAUGAUGGCCCAAGUAAGCCAACAUAUUACCUCUCUUCAAACCGCUAUUGAAAACGCUUCCCCUCAUCACUCUGGUAUCGUCAACAACAAGUUUGUCAAGGCAGAUCUUCAAGCAUUACUCAAAACUCUCGUCACUGAAUUCAAGCAACAUCAACAAACUGUUGGCAAAAUCUUCGAAAAAGCCCGUGCAGAAUCUAAAAAGCAGUAUUCUGAUAAUGAACGUGUCUCCAGCAAGUUGCAAAAGAGUAUUAAGCGAUGGAAUCAAGUACAAGCUGCUGCCGCUGCCCGUGAGAGGGAAUUACAAACUUGUAUCAGCCAAUUAGACCAUGAGUUCUUCACCAAGCUUGCUAUCGCAAAGACAGCACCUCGUACAGUCCGCAAGGCUCUCCAACCAACAUUACCACCUACUCCACCUAAGAAACAAGUGUCUCCUAGUGCUACCAACAGUAGAAAUCACAGCUAUACCAUCAAUGGUUAUAAAAAAACUUCAAAGACACCUGUUUCAGCUUCAUCUUCUGCAAGUAGAGUACGUGCUGCCUAUAUCCCUGACCCAGAAAAUGAACUCGAUAUGAAAUUGAGCCAUAUUGUCAAUGCUGCUCCUUAUCGCAUUACUAUCAAGAGUGUUCCUGAUCAAGUUGGAAAAUAUUGGUUUGGUGAUAUCAAUCCUAGACUUGUUUACUGCCGUAUUUUGCCAAGCCAAUUGGUGAUGGUCCGUGUUGGUGGUGGUUGGGUUGAAUUAUCCAAAUUCUUAAGAGAUCAUGGACUUACAGAAGGAACUUAUUCUAGACAAGGUUCACCUAAUGAUAUUAGUACUACAAGCUCACAAGAAAACACUCCUUUCCAAGAAGCCUUUUUAAAUACAUUCCGAUCCUCUUCUCCUUCAGGCCGUGUCACUAUCCGCGGAGGUGGAGGCAUUGACCGAAACAGCAGUAGCUUAGCUUCCACAAGGUCCUCCAGCAAGUCUUCAGGAGGAAGUCGAUCAAGAUCACCUUUGCCAGGAUAUGUUGAUGGCAAUAACUAUAUCAGUGUUGACGAACUCGGAAACCAUAUAGUUGUAAAAAUGAAAAAAGCAGAUGACGAUGCAAAAACACCAGUUAUCAACAAAAAGAAAGCCCUUAAUGCUUAAACAUUUAUAUACCUCUCUUUAAAUACACAUGUAUUUGUCUUUUAGAAAAUUAAUAAACA